GUAAGCCGGAAAUAACAUGUAGCAAGAAUAACCAACCACCACUUACCCUUUAGCAAUAACUAUCCACAUUCCACAAACAGAAUUCGGAGCUCGAUAAGAUGGGUAAAUUAUCGUUUAAGAAGAUUUCACCGUCUUUCUAUAGCAUUUCCCCCCAUGUCAUUCCUAUAAUCGUAAUAAACAUCGAUGGUAAGAAUGGAUGACAAUGAAAAACCACCAACAGUACCACCAAAAGGUUAUCAUGAUGACGAGAACCACAAUCGCUCUUCCAAAGAAGAAGAAUUAACACCUUCGGCGCUUGUUCAAGGUCGACGUCAGUCUCAAUCAGAAAAUUCAGACAGCGAGAGUAACCAAGAUUCUCAAGAUGAUGAGGAAAGGGGUGAUGAGGCUCAAGACCUCGAGACGCUCUCUCGAGUUUCCAGCGGGCCUCCUUACAGCGUCUUUUCGCCCUCUAUGAUAUGGUGGAUAGUUUUCAUGAACACUAUCUCGGCAUUCCUUUCACCAAUCACAGCCAACAUCUAUUUUCCAGCAAUCCCGGCAUUAUCCCAAGAUCUAGGUGUGUCAGUCGCGAAGAUCAAUUUGACGCUCACGACGUAUAUGAUUUUCCAGGGCCUGGCCCCGACGUUUACUGGCGACUUUGCCGACAUCGCCGGAAGACGGCCGGCCUUCAUCAUUGCCUGUACGAUCUACCUAGGUGCCAAUAUCGGGUUAGCCCUCCAACGAAACUAUGUGGCGCUUCUUGUCCUCCGGAUGGUACAGAGCGCAGGCAGUAGUGGCACCAUCGCCCUCGUCUAUGGCGUAGUUGCAGAUAUUGCGCCAAGCUCCGAACGGGGGAAAUUUAUGGGGAUUGUCGGGGCAGGCAUCACGAUCGGUCCGGCUCUUGGCCCGAUUAUUGGCGGACUACUUUCACAAUACCUAGGGUGGGCGGCUAUAUUCUGGUUUUUAUGCAUUCUCGCCGUCUGCUGGAUGAUCCCCUAUAUCUUGGCAGUUCCAGAGACGGGAAGGAAGAUUGUGGGAAACGGAUCCAUCCCGCCGCAAGGUUGGAAUAUGACACUCAUUGACUAUAUCCGUUUCAGACGCCAGCCUGUGAAUCGACCAUCUAGUCACGUACGACAGAAACUUCGAUUCCCCAACCCGCUUAAUACACUCGCUGUUCUUCGCAACAAGGAUAUGGCAUUGGUGCUAGGUUAUAAUGCCUGUCUCUACAUGGGCUUUAAUCUGAUCACUGCCACUCUUGCCUCUCAAUUUUCCGACAUAUAUCAUUACAACGAUAUCCAGCUUGGCCUUUGCUUUUUACCAUUAGGGGGAGCUACCAUGCUCGCCUCAAUCUCUACGGGGUACAUCCUAGACUGGAAUUUUCGCCGUAUAGCUAAGAAGUUAGGCGUUCGCGUUGGAGGUAGGCGUGGAAACGACCUCAAAGGCUUCCCCAUCGAAAAAGCUAGACUUCAAAUUGCAUACCCACUCAUUGUGAUUGGGGUGCUCGUCUCUAUUGGAUAUGGCUGGGCAUUACACUACGAAACUCACGUCGUCGUACCUCUUGUGCUGCUAUUUUUCAUCGGCAUAGGUGUUACCAGUCCUUUCCAGAUCAUAAACGUCCUAAUUGUCGAUUUAUACCCUCAGGCUCCUGCCACAGCGACUGCCGCCAACAAUUUAUGCCGAUGCCUAUCUGGUGCGGUGGCAACGGCGGUAAUACAAUAUAUACUCGACGCCUGGGGACGAGGAUGGACAUACACAUUCAUCGCCUUUAUCUACGGCAUCUUCUCUCCUGCCCUUUGGGUCAUACAGAAAUAUGGACCCCAGUGGAGAGAGGAGCGCAUGGAGAAGAUGAGGCAAGCCAUAGAGAAGAAGGAAGCAAGAACCAGAGAGAAAAAUGCGACAACAACCGAACAAGUCCUUGCUGAAACUCAGCCUACAUCUAGCUGAGCCUAGUUGAAAAUGUCUACUUAAUGCUAACGAGUCACGACUUUUUAUGAUUUAUUUACUAAUUUAGACAUAUAUCUCAUCGCAUAUGUUAGCCUAGCGUUUAUAUUGUUUACUUCUGCGAAUUUGACAUAGUAUUUUGGAGCCUCUUUGGAUAAAUGGCUGGCGGAGGUAUCGGGUUACAGAGAGAAAGCGUUGGCAUAAAAUAGACGGUAGAGGGUAUGUGCUCAACAUCUAGAUACAUACUAGUUAAUAUGAUUUAUAUGAAAAUGAAC